AUGGAGAGCAUCUGUACAACUCUCGUUGCUUCGGUGCUUUGGCCCACCGCACCUCGUGGAGCAGCCACCAGAAGCACAGAGACCACCAGCCCCAUGCAUACGUGCAGGCAGCAGUCCACCCCACCAGGGUGCAGUGCUCGCCGCCCCAUAGUCACCGGUCGAAGCAGCGGCUUCGUGGCGUUCAGAGUACCUUCCCCGGGCGACUGUGUCUCCCAUCACAAAUACAACAGGAGGGACAAAGAAAUAGAUAGAGCGGCGCAAGUGCGACUGGUGGCAGCCCACACAGCGCACUCAGCAGCAGCAAAAGACGGAUCGAGUGGGAGGCCACGCAGCGAGCCCCUUCAGUGGGGCACACAGCAGCUGGGUUCAUGCUGCCGCCCUGCUGGGGUGGAGGACCGGCACCUCAGCCGCCAGCACCGCAGUGCGCGCAACGCACACUAUGCACCGCUCCGCUGUCGCCGCGCGCCCACCGCCACGUCGCCGCGGUGCCAGCACCACCCGUCACGUCGCAGAAGCGGUCCGUCACACCCGCAGGCUCCGGGCAGCGCAGACAUGCCGCACAACAAGGCACACGCCACGGCCACCAUUCGUCUGCGGUCGUGCAUAUCGGCAGCGCAGACGCGUGCGGGGGCGGGGGCGUGCCGCCACACUACACCGCC